AUGUCUGCCACUCAGUCAAACCUUUGGAAGCCCCUCAAACUGGGAAACGUCACCCUCACCCAUCGAAUUGCUCUGGCCCCUCUUACACGUCUUCGCAACGAUGAAGAGCACCUCCCCAUGGAUAUCAUGACCCAGUACUACACAGACCGAGCAUCAACUCCUGGAACUCUCCUCGUCAGCGAAGCCACCGGUAUCUCCAAGGCCGCAGAGGCAGCUCCCCACACUCCAGGAAUCUCUUCGCCUGAGCAAGUCGCAGCCUGGAGCCGCAUCUACAAUGCUAUACAUUCCAAGGGAUGCUUCAUCUUUCAGCAACUCUGGGAUAUGGGCCGUGCGGGGUACCCCGAGUACGUUCAGAGUCGUGGGCUGAAGUACUCGUCCAGCACUAACAAACAGUUGGAGGGUCGAUCGAUUCCUCCUACCCCCUUGACUGAGGAAGAAAUCUGGGAAAAGGUUAAAGACUUUCGAUCUGCUGCCCGCAAUGUUAUUGAUGCUGGCGGCGAUGGCGUUGAGAUCCACGGUGCUCACGGGUAUCUCAUCGACCAGUUCCUGUCCAGCAGCAUCAAUGAUCGAACCGAUAAAUGGGGUGGCUCCAUCGAGAACCGUGCUCGCUUCUUGCUCGAGAUUGUCAAGGCUGUUGUUGAGGAGGUCGGCGCCGAGCGAACUGCCCUUCGCCUCAGUCCUUUUGCAAGCUUCCAGGGUGCCUACACGACCAAUACGUGGGAGCAAACAAGCUACGUCAUCGGGGAGCUCAAGAGAGCCGGGUACAAGCUUGCGUACCUGUCUUUUGUCGAGCCACGGGGAAAUCCUACUCUUACUGAUGCCAUUGUCCGUCUCGCCUCAGAUAUCGAGAACCCUUUUGGAGAGAAGAAGCAGAGCCUGGACUUUAUUCUCGAAGAGUGGGAUAACCAAUCUCCUGUCAUGGUCGCUGGCGGUUAUCUGCCUCAUAACAUAUACCAAGUGGUAGACGAACAGUAUAAGAAGUGGGGUGUUGUUGUUGCCUUCGGUCGAUGGUUCGUUUCGAACCCGGACUUGGUGUUUCGGGUGAAGAAUGGGGUGCCGUUCACGCCUUACAAGAGGGAGUUGUUCUAUGCCUUUAAAAGCAACGAAGGGUACAACGACUACACCUUUAGUGACGAGUUUGUUGACUUGGCAAAGGUGGAGACUGCGAAGGCUUAG